AUGGCGAACCCUAAUCAAUACUUCCUCCUCGCCGACCACAUCAAACUCUCCUUAUUAGAGCGGCUACGGGCAAUCUCAUUAAAUAUUGAACCGACCUCCCAGGAUGGCCAUAUCUCGCGGUCUCUAGACUCGCUGCGAGAAGGCGUCGAGAAUGUCACUAGGGAACGGAUCCGCCUACACGACACAGGAGACACCGCGGCAUCUCUUGCCCUUCAGGAAACAGAGCGCAAUCUCCAGACGCAGUAUAAUGAGUUAACCGCCCAGUUCCGCGGUACUCCUACCGAUACCACCGCCGCUACAAUCGCUCAUCCAAACGACCCCUCCCUCUCUGCUGACUUCGCGCGAGCCUCCCAGCCACCAAGGGGAACAUCAACCUCCUCCCUACUAAAGAAGUCCCUCCGCGGCGCAAGCAGCCCAUUAGCAACCGCGUCCCCCAAGUCCGUCCGGUUCUCCGACGCCCCAUUAGUAGCAGAUGAGGAGGAUGAAGCCCGAAACGCCCUCUUCCCCUACCGCGAUGACCCAACAUCAGGGCCACCCGAUCAAUCCCAUCUCGACAACCAGCAGAUCCACGAGUACCACGCCAGAGUGAUGGAAGAGCAGGACGAGACGCUGGAUCGACUAGGCGAGUCGAUUGGGAGACAGAGGGAGCUGAGCAUCCAGAUCGGCGACGAGCUAGACGAGCAUGUACAGAUGCUAGAUGCUGUUGACGGACAUGUGGACCGGCAUGCAACAACGCUGAACAAAGCGCGGAAGAACCUAGGAACCGUGGCCAGGAAAGCCCGGGAUAACAUGCAAUUGACAGUAAUCUUGAUCCUGAUCAUUAUACUAGUCUUGCUGAUUAUCAUCCUUAAGUAA